CUAAAGAGGAGUCAUGGAGAUUUCACGCAGCAGGCAGGAAUAUUCAUCCCUCUCCUCCUCCGGUGCCGGUCCCGUCUGCAGUCAGGGCUCCUGAUUCAGCAGCAUCAUGGGGAGUUCCACUUCCUCUCUCGUUGACGAGGCCGAGGGGGACGCGGCCCCCCGGGGUGCAGCGCUGCCCCCCUCCCCCAUCAUGGGAUGUCUGAGGAGCAGCCACAGCACCUUCAUCCCUCGGCAACUUCCCAGACCCAGCAGGCACCGGGAGCGCAGUUUCUCUUCUGGUUCGAUGCCCAUGCAGAGGAGCCAGUGGGCAUGCGGCUGCUGCACCUUCCUCAACGCCGCCGGGGCCCCCCGCUGCUCCAUCUGUGAAGCCCCUCGGCGGAGAUCUGACACCCGCUGGAUGUGUCAGGGGACCAGUAGGGAGGGUUGGUCCUGCCCACGCUGCACGCUGGCCAACCCCCGCGACAGUGUGUCCUGCUCCCUCUGCGGCUACUCUGGAACGCCGGAUUCCUCUGAAGAGCAGCCUCGGCCUCAGCGCUCCAGCAGCUGCUCCGGGCCCCUGAGGCCCUCCCAGACACUGUCGACAGAACAGUGCAGGCAGCAGAACAGAAAACAGGGGGGAGAUGCAGACAGCAGCAGCCUGGUUUGGGAUUGUUUGAGGUGCACUCUGCAGAACACUCCUACCUCCAUGUCCUGCUCGGCUUGUGGCGGACCACGUAAACUGUCUCUCCCUCAGAUCCCUGCUGAGGCCUUGCUCAUGCCUGAAGUCUGCAGACAGACGGCAGCACAGCAGCCAGAAGCCGCAGCGGGGGCUCUAUCACUCUCCAUAUCAACCCGAGGAGAGUGUUUACCGAAGGAAGCCUCACAUCCGCAAACACACUCCUCAGCGCUCAGUCAUAACAAUCCCGUCCCCUGCAGUCGCAGAGAGGUGCCGCCUCCAGACGUCUGCCUCAACCAGACACAUAGCAUCAGUCCUUCUCCCUCAUCACUCUCUGUUUCACAUCUGUCUGCACAGCCAGAGCUGCUGCCCAGCAGGCGGCUCAGCAUCCUGAAGGAGGAGAUGUCUCCGCUGUCACCUGCAUCAGGCGCCUCCGUGUCGUUCCCACCCUGCGUGGUUAACAGGACGGAGGAGUGGUCGUGUCCUGCUUGCACUCUCAUUAACAAGGUCAAAGCCAAACACUGCCUGGCCUGUCACACUCCUCAGCAACACGCCACCCAGCUGCGACCAGCGCUGUCCCCGAAGAGGAAGGAGAGCAUGCUGGUGGAGGCGCUGCGACAGAGUGAUGAAGGAGAGGCCAAAGAGCUGUGGGAGAACAUCGUCAGCUUCUGCAGACAGAACGCAGUGACGUUUGUGGAUGACAGCUUCCCUCCAGGUCCAAAGUCCGUUGGCUUCCCGGCGGAUGACAGCGUCCAACAACGGGUCAAAAAAUGGCUUCGCCCUCAAGAAAUCAACUGCUGCAACUUCAGAGAGCGUGGGGUUAAGUGGUCUGUUUUCCGCACACUGCGCCCAUCAGACAUCCUGCAGGGACUUCUGGGUAACUGCUGGUUCCUGAGUGCCUUGGCUGUUCUGGCUGAACGUCCUGAGCUGGUGGAGAAAGUGAUGGUGACCCGGUCGAUGUGUCCUGAGGGAGCCUAUCAGGUGCGACUUUGCAAAGACGGCUCGUGGACCACAGUGCUCGUGGACGACAUGCUGCCAUGUGACGAGAACAGCCACCUCCUCUUCUCUCAGGCGCAGCGGAAGCAGCUUUGGGUGGCUCUGAUUGAAAAAGCGCUGGCCAAGCUACACGGCUCCUACUUUGCUCUGCAGGCGGGCCGCGCUAUCGAGGGCCUCUCCACGCUGACCGGGGCCCCCUGCGAGUCGCUGGCCCUCCAGGUCAGCACCACCAACCCCAAGGAGGACCCCAUUGACACAGAUCUCAUCUGGGCCAAAAUGCUGAGCUCUAAAGAAGCAGGUUUCCUCAUGGGUGCAUCUUGCGGAGGAGGUAACAUGAAGGUGGACGACACGGAGUACGAGUCUCUGGGUUUACGUCCUCGACACGCCUACUCUGUCCUCGAUGUGCGUGAUGUGGACAGUCACAGGUUAGUGCAGCUGAGGAACCCGUGGGGUCGGUUCUCCUGGACCGGACCGUGGGCGGACGACUGGCCGAACUGGCCUCCACACCUAAAGAAGGAGCUCUGCGCCCAGCGAGCCGAGGACGGCCUGUUCUGGAUGGACUUCUGGGAUUUCAUCAGGUACUUUGACUCAGUGGAUAUCUGUAAGAUUCAUUCAGACUGGCAGGAGGUUCGGGUCCCGGGUGUUUUCCCCCGCGGAGCCGACGUCCCGCUGACGGUGGUGUCGAUGACGGUGCUGGAGAGAACGGCCAUGGAGCUGGCUUUAUUCCAGCAGGGCAGCAGGCGGUGGGACACAGCAGAGAGCCACCUGCUGGAUUUGUGUGUGUUGGUGUUUCGAGUGGCGUACGACAGCUGCGGCACCCUGACGCUGGGCCGCCUGCUGGCCCACAGCCGGCGCUCGGUGAGGAGGUUCGUGGGCUGCGACGUGAUGCUGGAACCGGGCGAAUACGCUGUGCUCUGCUGCGCUUUCAACCACUGGCACAGCGCCGUCACAGAGGGCACCAUGAGCGGUGUGAGAUCGGAGGCGUCUGGUUACAUGCUGGCCGUCUACAGCUCCAGACUGCUGAUGGUGGAACAAGUGACGGCCGUUAACACGACCAUCGCCGACGCCAUCAUCCAGCUGACGGAGACCAGAGGAGAGAGACACGAGGGUCGAGAGGGGAUGACCUGUUACUACCUGACGCACGGCUGGGCAGGACUCAUCGUCAUGGUGGAAAACAGACACCCGAGACAUCACCUGCACGUGUCCUGCGACUGCAGCGACAGCUUCAACGUGGUGUCGACACGCAGCAGCCUCAAAACCAUCGACAGCAUCCCUCCUCUGCACAGACAGGUGCUGGUGGUUCUGUCCCAGCUGGAGGGAAACGCCGGAUUCUCCAUCACACACAGACUGGCUCACCGUAAAGCCGUCCAGGCUUCUCUGGGAAACUGGAGUCCCUCCAAAGCGACACACAGUCCAGCUCUGAGUCCAGAGACAGCAGGUCUGCAUCAGCCUCGACCCCUCUGACUGCUGGGGUCCCGGGAGGAGCUCAACCGGUCGGAGGAACCCCGCUGGUUGUCUGGGAUCAGGAUCUCAACACGGAGGCAGCUUCUUUAAAGGAACAGUCCAACACUUCAGCUUGUUUGUUGAGCUCAUUUGACUUUGUUGGAAAGUUUCCUUUGGAUUUAGUGAGCAGGCAGAGCUCCUCCGAGACAGAAAUAAUCUCACUGGUUGAAUUAAGCUUUAAUAAGCCGUACAAAACAGCAGUGCAGAUUUUAUGGCUUAAAGUGGCUAUAAUAGAUCUUUUCAGCUCUACUGUGCUUUAUGGAGCUUUAUAGAGAGUUUCAGCCAAUGUGGAAGAACCUUAAAGUGCUGCUGACGGCCGCUAGCUGCUCCAACUGGCUCCCCUUCAAUAGGCAUCAACUUCUCUCCAGAAAUACCGAGUCAAUCUGUAACUUCAGACCCUCUAAUAAGUCUGCUGGUGGUCAUUUUGGAAAUGAUUGCUCCAUUAAUAAGAUUUGAAGACUUAUAGUAGCUUUGAUGUCUGCUGUGUGGCCGCUGAUUGACACUCACACUGAGUUUAAUAUUACUUGAUUACGUCCAGUAGCAGCAGGUUCACAGUCAGGUGCAAGAAAAACACGUUUCACUGUUCGUUUGGGCUCCUGACUGUUGUUUUGAGACACAUUUGAGAAACUGUGAACACGUCCUUUAAUUGAAGUGUCUUCCAACAAGUGAGAUCGUUCAUUUCUGUCUCCAGAGCAGCUCCGACUCUAAGAAAAGUCUCAGUCACAAAGAAGAAGCUGCUCGUCCCUUCACAAAGAAACACAUGAUGCACUUUAAUAUUUUACAUGUCAGAUCACAGGAUGGUCUUCAGGUCCAAACUGUCUUAAUUGCACUGGUGAUAGAUGACUAGAAGUAAUGAUGUUAGUUAGAUGUGUCUCAGCUGGCUGCCAAGACAAGAAUAUUUAUUCUCCUUAGUAUUACUCAGUCAUACUGCAGUUUUAGGAUGUUUAAAUAAAGUAUUUUAGAUUGAAAUAGUGUUUUAGAUUUAGAAACGCAGCAGAGACUCGCUGUGAGGUUGCAUUAGCACUUUAUAAACUUCAAACUAUGCUGGAUUCUUGUGGUGUUUCACUUUUAAGAUUCGCACAGAGGACAAAAACUGUUUUAUGUGCGUUCAUCCAAAAUCACCAGAAUAUUGUUAGAGAUCAUAAAAAAACUAUGCAAAUGUUUGAAAACUGUUAUGAUGCUUCAUCAAUUAAAACAUGUACAGCUC